GUUGAUUGUUGCACCAUGACCGAGAAGGCAAAGAAGACGGUCGUCAAGCUCCAGAAGGCCUUCCUGGAAGAGGUCAACGGUUGCGACGCCAUCGAGCGCCAGGGCCUCCAGGCGCUGUCGUCGCUGGCCAACAUUGCCGGUCGCCUGCCGCUCGUGAGCGACACCAGCACGUACGGCGUCUUGGCCGCCAUGCACAACGUUGAGACGCUUUUAACGCAGCGCCACUACGAAGCUCUCGAGAAGGCGCGGCUCGCGGUCGCUCAAACCGUUGAGUACUUUUUCGACCACGUGGAGAACAUGCAGCGCCACAUGAGCACAUGCGCCGACGUCUUUGAUGGUCUCACGCUGACGCCGUCGACGCUCUUUUUGGCCGAAAGCAUGGAGUGGAUGGAGAACGUCCUUGGCAUGUACGAGCGAGAAGCAGCGCGCAAGAAGGAGCUCUGUCAGACGCUGGGCUACGCCGACGUUGCGCUUUUGCAUGCCAAGCACGCUCAGUACCUCUCGUCGAGCCGUUAUGGCGCAAUCAACCGCGACUACGUCACUCUGGUGACGGACGCGGCCAAAGCCAAACUGGCGCAGGCGGCCAAGGACAAGAAGCUGCCCGAAGAGGACGAAGACGCGUAAGAAUGGAAACAAACUAGUAGAUUCUAUGGACA